CUCCUAUUGUCAUGGGUGCGGCGCAUGCGCCGCGCAGAGCGAGGCUGGAGCGGAGCGAGAGAGCGGAGAGUGAUGGAACCGGCUGCAGGAUCGGCAGCGAGCCUUGACUCUCCGAGCUGCUGAGGACAGCAGGUAGACGGAUGUGAAGGAUGACUUCUUGCGCAGAGAUUUGUGGCUCGGAGUACAGCGAGCAAGCACAAGCCGGGAGGAACUGCCAGCAGUAUGGCGUCCGCUCCUACUUACACCAGUUUUACGAGGAGUGCACCGCUUCCAUCUGGGAGCGAGAUGAAGACUUUCAGAUUCAGAGAUCGCCGAGUCGGUGGAGCUCUUUUCUCUGGAAGGUCUGUCUCGCCUUCGGCACCCUGAUCUUGUUCGCUGGCUUCAUUGUCUUUCUGGUCGGUUACACGACUCCUACCAGGACCGAGGCGUUCGGUGAAGCAGAUCUCCUUUUUGUCGACAGUCACGCUGUAAGCUUCAACCAAGCCUUGGACGUGUGCAAGUUGACCGGUGCUGUGCUCUUCUGUGUGGGGGGGACCUCCAUGGCGGUGGGUCUCCUGAUGUCCGCCUUUGCCAAAAGCUACUCCAAAGAAGAGCUGUACCUGCAGCAGAAGUUUAAGGAGCGGUUGGCCGACCUGCACGCGACAGUCGGUACCCCCAUCAUGAGAGCACCCACACCCGGGGAGGGGAAGGUGCCGGUCACUCUAUCCAAACUCCAGAACAUCCAGCCAGCGAAGUCCGAGACUUGACACCAGCCUGAUCCAUGAAGCCAAGCGUGUUUGAGUGUGUGUGUGUGUGUGUGUGUGCAGAAGGGUGAACCAAUACGCAAGUGUUUCUCCGCCUCUGAAGGUCAGCUUACAUAAGUGAUUGUUGGCGUCGCGUCGCUUGCUGUGUUGAAUUACUGAGCUCGUGCGGCUGAAGAUUCAGUUCAACAAAGCACACUAAGACAAGAAUCACACAGACCACAGCCACCAAACAACGUUUUCACAGAUCAUUUUCCCCGGCGGCGCGUCCCAGGGACGACCGCUGCAGGGUGCAGAGGCGCGUUGUCAUUCGUUGUUAGUGAUGAGAAGCUUCCAUUUCCGGCCCGGAUCUAAGCGCCGAACACAACAGCCAUUAUCUUCGCUCACAUGCAAGGAAGCUGCAUCCUGACAACAUAGAAACAACUGCCACUUUGAGUGACCUGCACCAUUCACGGCCUCAUCGUCUCCCGUCUCGGCUGCAUUCUUUGGUCUUGCUUGGGCCGGCGGCACCGACCGGCGAGAGCAGACAGAUCGAAUGGUUCCAAAGUCUUGUAACACUUGUGGUGCUGCUCCAGUCAGGAGAGCGUGGCUGUGUUCGAUAUCUAUUCUGCAUUUGCUUCAGUCUGACAUGCCAGAACUUUCCCACAGUCACACUAAUAAGGUGAAGUGCGGUUCAAUCUUCAACCAAAACAUGUGUACAUGCAGACAUUUUUAUGACACAUCAAUUCAUGUGAGAGCCCAUUAGAGUUUCACUGAGGCUGGAGUGUAUUGCUGCUGUCUUCACGAAGCAACUCACGUGACUUCACAAGCCAAGAACUGUCCAAUUUACUCCGAAAAAUAGAGGUUUCUAAGUGUAAAAUCAUGUCAUUUUCACAAACCUGUUUGGUAUCUAUUCUGUAACUUCAGCGCUGAAGUCACUGCAACCCAAAUCAAUGCGAUACAUUGCAAUCGUACUGCGUAUUGUUUUAUAAUAAGAACUGACCAUGGAGUUUCCUCACUUGAGCUCUUCCGUCUGGAGGCGCGUCUGUGGUCGGAGUAGCUAACUGUUCUGAGUUGUAGUUUCAUGCCGUGACCCCAUCACUGGCCAGAGGUGUGUUGUGACAUCAAUAAAACCUUUCUCCCAGGUUCGACCUCUUCACUUAUUCACACCCUUCUCACACUGUUGGACCUCAACCUUUGUGUGCAUUGUGUGGCAAGAGGUUUCUCGCCACACCUGCAUCACGAAGCUGGUUUGCACUUAACAUUUCAACCAUUCAGAACACGUCUUGCUUCAAAUUCAGGCUUUAACAAAGAAAAGGAACAAUACAACAAAGGUGAAAACACUGCCACCUAGUGGAAGGAUGCCAUUGUUAUGCAGGUCACCUUAUGGUUGAUCAAUUUUUGCUUCAUAUGAAGAUUGAAUCCACAUAUUUGUUUCAGGAUAAAGGAGGGAAAAGAGAACAGUUUCAACACAGUAUGUUCUGCACAGUUCUGCACAGUAUGUUUGGCAUCAGUAGCUUAUGUGCUCCAACUGAGCAGCGAAGACUGGUGUUUUUAGGUCAAACUCUGCAUCACAGGGCUCUUUACAUGGCUGUUAUAAAUAUCCAUAGAAGCUCGGAGUGGUUUUAAACAUAUGAAGAGUCUGAAUCCGUUACUGUUCUGUCCUUGCUCAUUGAGGCUUCCAACAUUCACCAGUUUGCCAGCGAUACAGUGGAGGCUUUAACUGCCAUCAGUCAGGAGGGCUGUUCAUGAAGCAGCGGCACAGGAGGAUAUCGUGCCACUCAGACCCUCACCAACACGCCCACGACACACACACACACACACCUGAAGGGUCCGCUGGAGGAGAUGAAAGAGAAUUAAUGGCAAGUCCAGAAAUAGCUGUGAAAAGGACCAUCGCCUCAACCAGUCAGCGACGGUGACUCAUCGCUCGUCCCCGCCCCUGAUCACGCAUCACACGCUGCUUCUCAUUCACCUCCUCGCCACCAUGUCGUCACCUUCCUCAGGAUCUGAGUGCCAUUGCGAAAGAAAAGAGGACAUUCAUUGUAGCACGCUUACGAGGAGUAGUGCGGUUAGGGAAGGAAACGCCAUCCGUGUUGAGGUCAGGAAGGGGAAUAAUCGGCGCUUUCUUCUCUCUGACCCCGGUGCCCUUCAAUGUUUUAGGACCCUCAUCUUACAGUGUGACUCUUUCUUAGCCCCAUUGUGAGCAGCUCAGCCAUCCAGGAGAGACUGACAUUAGAGCUCUAGAUGUUGAUGCUGUUGAGACAGUGCCUGUCCGGGAGGAGGCCCUGGGGCCGACCCAGAGCAGGCUGUCUUUGUUUUGCAAUUCAGUAAGACAGGGAGAAAGGCGGAGGAAAAAUCAUCAGAGGGUUGGCAGUUCCAAU